GACGGCCCGAGACUCUUCUCCUUCUCAAUCUCCACGCCACCUCGCCGGAGCGGGAGGAGGAGGCAGGUUGGUCGAUCCGAUCGCGCAGGAGGCUUCCGGGGAGAUGGGGAGCUUGCCAGGAGGCGGCGGCGGCGGCAAGGUGGGGUUGCCGGCGUUGGACGUGGCGCUCGCGUUCCCGCAGGCUACGCCGGCAUCCCUCUUCCCUCCCGCCGUAUCGGAUUACUACCAGUUUGAUGAUUUGCUUACCGAUGAAGAGAAGGCACUUAGGAAGAAGGUCCGCAGCAUUAUGGAGAGAGAAAUUGCACCCAUUAUGACUGAGUACUGGGAGAAAGCAGAAUUUCCCUUCCAUGCCAUUCCCAAGCUUGCAGCUCUUGGCUUAGCUGGAGGGACAACAAAGGGAUUUGGUUGCCCAGGACUCUCACUUACAGCUAGUGCUAUUUCUAUUGCAGAAGUUGCACGGGUGGAUGCAAGCUGCUCCACAUUUAUUUUAGUGCAUUCCUCUUUGGCAAUGAGCACAAUUGCACUUUGUGGAUCAGAGGCUCAAAAGCAGAAGUAUUUACCAUCACUGGCACAGUUUAGAACAGUUGGUUGCUGGGCAUUGACAGAGCCGGAUUAUGGAAGCGACGCAAGUUCAUUGAGGACUGCAGCGACCAAGGUGCCUGGCGGUUGGCAUUUGGAUGGCCAAAAACGCUGGAUAGGCAACAGCACUUUUGCAGAUGUGCUCAUCAUCUUGGCUAGGAAUUCAGAUACAAACCAACUAAAUGGAUUUAUUGUCAAGAAAGGAGCUCCUGGUUUGAAAUGUACAAAAAUUGAAAACAAAAUUGGACUCAGAAUGGUUCAGAAUGGUGACAUUGUUAUGAAUAAAGUAUUUGUCCCUGAGGAAGAUAGAUUAACUGGAAUCAAUUCAUUUCAGGACAUAAACAAGGUCCUUGCUAUGUCACGCAUUAUGGUGGCAUGGCAGCCAAUUGGGAUAUCAAUGGGGGUCUUCGACAUGUGUCAUCGGUAUUUGAAAGAAAGGAAGCAAUUUGGAGCUCCGCUUGCAGCUUUUCAGCUCAACCAAGAAAAGCUUGUUCGGAUGCUAGGCAACAUCCAAGCCAUGCUUCUUGUUGGUUGGCGCCUGUGCAAGCUGUAUGAAUCAGGCAAAAUGACGCCAGGCCAUGCUAGUUUAGGCAAGGCAUGGACAUCCAGGAAGGCUAGGGAGGUGGUUUCUCUUGGCCGGGAGCUACUGGGCGGCAACGGAAUUUUGGCUGAUUUUCUGGUAGCAAAGGCGUUCUGUGAUCUUGAGCCAAUCUUCUCGUACGAAGGCACAUAUGACAUCAACAGUCUGGUGACCGGAAGAGAAAUCACCGGGAUCGCGAGCUUCAAACCUGCUACAUCAACAAAAUCCCGCCUUUAAUAUAUUUUUUUUCAUUUCAAAUGUUCAUAUCUUCAAUCAAACAAAUAAAUAUAACUUCCACCCUGUAUUCUUAUGGGAACAAUAAAAGGAAUAGAAAAUCAUAUAUUUUACAAAAGAAAAACAAGAGUUAUUUGCAUUCUUUUGCUAA